AUGCGCUGUUGGAUAUGCAAGUUCUCGAUUAGACGAUGCACUCAGCAACAUGAAUUAGUAUUAGAACAUGCUUUGACGGAAGGCAUUUCAUUGAGAAAGCUUCUUUAUUCAAUGUUAGAAAAACAAGUCAAAGACGAAAAUCUCUCGACAAAUAAUCACAAAAAUAUGUUUCUUAAACGUGCAUUGGAAAAAAUACUAAACGAAAAAGAUAUAAAAAAAUCUCAAUAUCAACAACUAAAACGAGCUUGUGAAACAGCUUUAGCAUCUGUCGCUAAAGACACGCAAACAUCUCAAAUCAAUGAAUCCUCGAUUUUGCCCUCCACAAAUCAUCAGCUAUUGAACGCUGAGCAAUAUUUUCUUCCAUUUGAGUUAGCAUGUGCAUCCAAUCAUCCACGAAUGGUUGACACGUCAUUAGAUUGUCUUCAAAAAUUACUUCUCCAUGGACAUUUACUUGGCAGUGUUCCGGAUCCGAUCGACCCAUCGAAGCUCUUAAUCGAUCGAAUCGUUUCGACAAUAUGCAUGUGUUUUCGUGGUGUACAAACCGAAGAACAAGUCGAAUUACAAAUCAUCAAAGCAUUGCUGACGAUAAUGACGUCUCAAACGAUUGAAAUUCAUCAACGAAGCGUAUUACAAAUUAUAAAAACAUGUUUCAAUAUCUACUUAACCAGUAGAUCGAAGAUCAAUGAAGCAACAGCACAAGGAUGUCUGUCGCAAAUGCUAAAUGGAAUUUUUGCGAAGAUGGAACAAAAGAUGGUAUUAUUGAAUGAAUAUCGACAACAAUAUGAACAAGAUUCAACGGCUAAUACAAUUACAAGUGAUCGAGAAAAUAUUUUCACCGUGACCAAAGAAGUUCUUGAUGAACUAGUAGAAAAAAUCUGCUAUGACGAAGCUACUCAAACGCAAAAUACGCUGCUAUCGACUAAUGAUAUAAUCGAAGAUAUGAGAUCAACACAAGAUGAAAUCGACAAUGGAUUAACAAGAAAUGGUUUAGAUUCUCAAACGAAUGCUAAUCAAUCGUCGACCAAAAUCACCAUGUCAAACGCUCUAUCCGCUGAAGAAUUAUCAGCCGAUAACUAUUUCAAAAACGCCUAUUAUGUCUUUCGCGCGCUGUGUAAAUUAUCCGAUCGGGAUAUAAAAGAUAAGAGCAAUACUGAUCCGAGAACUAAUUUGGAUUUAAAAUCUCGAAUAUUUUCGUUACGAUUAAUCAUGCAAAUCCUUCAAACAUCAGGUCCAAUAUUUCGUUCAUCGGAAGAUUUUCUCUACGUGAUUAAAACAUACUUAUGCGUGUCCUUAUCAAGAAAUGGUGUCUCCUCAAUAACAGAACUGUUCGAAAUGGCGUUGUUUAAUUUCGUCGAACUAUUAGAUAAAUUCAAAGCACAUCUGAAAAUACAAAUUGAGGUUUUAUUUCGUGAAAUAUUUCUGACGAUAUUAGAAACUUCGACUAGUUCGUUCCGACAUAAAUGGCUCGUUAUUCAAACCUUAGCAAAAAUCUCUGCGGAUGCUCAAAUUAUUGUGGAUUUAUUCAUUAAUUAUGAUUGUUCAAUGCGUUCGGCGAACAUCUUCGAACGUCUAGUUAUUGUCCUUUCACGUGCAGCACAAGGAAGACAAGCAGUUGAACUAGGUUGUAGUCCAUCGGAAGAACAUAAUUUGAGAAUGAAAGGUCUCGAAUGCCUUGUUUCCAUACUGAGAUGUAUGGUUGAAUGGAGUCAAGACUUGUAUGUCAACCCGCAUUUACAAAGCAACUUAGGACCCGAUUCAAAACCAUUGCAUGAGUACCAUUACGAUCAAGACAGCAAUCGCUUAUCAGCAGGUUACAAUGGUAACGGUAUGCGCCGUGCGGAUUCGAACGGUUCGAUAAAUUCGUCUCAUUCGACUAAUGGUCUUUCAUCGGACACAUCCAAAAACGCUAAUGAUUUUGAAAUAGUUCGUCAACGAAAGGAAUUAUUUGAAAAAGGAAUUGAUUUAUUUAAUCAAAAACCGAAGAAAGGCCUAGAAUUUCUUUGUGAAAAAAACCUCAUCAACCGCGAACCAGAAAAUGUUGCUCAAUUUUUUCAUUCGUAUCAAGAUGUCUUAGACAAAACACUAAUCGGUGAUUGUUUGGGAAAUGAGGAUAAUUAUCAUAAGCAAAUUAUGUAUGCAUAUGUCGAUCAACUGGAUUUUACUAAUAUGGAAUUUUUGGCUGCAUUAAGACAAUUUCUCUCAGGCUUUCGACUACCAGGUGAAGCACAAAAGAUUGAUAGAUUGAUGGAAAAAUUCGCAGCUAGAUUUUGUGAAUGCAAUACAAAUUUGGAAAUAUUCGCCAGUGCGGACACUGCGUACGUUCUCGCGUACUCUGUUAUUAUGUUAACGACAGAUUUACAUAGCAAAAACGUGAAGAAGAAAAUGACGAAGGAACAAUAUGUAAAAAUGAAUCGGGGAAUAAAUGAUAGCCGGGAUUUACCGGAAGAAUUUCUCUCGAAAAUUUAUGAUGAAAUUGAAAAUGAAGAAAUUAAACUGAAAGUAACAACAAUACGACGCGGUGCAAAUGUAGCUGGUGCAGGUGGAACAAAAGAAAAUAUAACAAGUGAUAAACAACGUGAAUUGCUAUUCGAUAUGCAAAUGCGCGAUGUCGAAACUCUAGCACGUGAUCUGAUGUCUAAUGCUGGAACGAUCCGAGAAGAAUUUACCACUGCUAAACACCUCGAACAUGUUCGACCGAUGUUUCAAAAAGCCUGGUCACCCUGUCUAGCAGCAUUUAGUGUCGGAUUACAAGAUAGUGAUCAUAUCGAUCUCGCUCAUCUAUGCUUAACUGGCCUCAGCUAUUCUAUCCGUAUUGCCUGCAUUUUUCGUAUGGAGCUUGAACGAAAUGCAUUUAUCCAGGCUUUAUCCAGAUUUACAUUGCUGAUGGCUACAUCUCAAGUUCUGGAAAUCAAAGCAAAGAAUGUCGAAUGUCUAAAAACAUUAAUAUCAGUUGCACAAAGUGAUGGAAACUAUCUUGGCGAAGCUUGGUAUGACAUUCUAAAAUGCAUCAGCCAAUUGGAAUUAGCACAACUAUUCGGUAUCAAUGCAAAUAGAGCUAGAUUGAGCGUAUCAAAUCAUCAUCAUCCUUAUAAUAAUUUACCAUUAAAUAGUACAUCUAACACAUUCAGUCUUCCUUUCGAUAAUCUCUUUAAUCCUGACAAAGCUCAAACAGCUAAACGUAUGCAAUCAGCACAAGACCAAAUUCAUGAAACAAGCUCUCAAAGUAUCGUUGUUUCUGUCGAUCGAAUUUUCUCUGGUUCAGCACGACUUGAUGGUGAUGCAAUCGUGGCAUUUGUUCGUAGUUUAUGCCAUGUAUCAAUGGAUGAGUUACAUGGUAAUCCACCACGAAUGUUUAGCUUAUUGAAAGUAGUUGAAAUAUCCUAUUACAACAUGGGUCGUAUUCGUCUUCAAUGGUCACGUAUUUGGGAGAUCAUAGGUGAACAUUUUAAUAAGGCAGCAUGCAAUUCAUUGCAAGAUGUAGCCUUCUUCGCUGUUGAUUCAUUGAGGCAAUUGUCGAUGAAAUUUCUUGAAAAAGGCGAAUUUCCAAACUUUCGCUUUCAAAAAGACUUUCUUCGGCCGUUCGAAGUCAUUAUGAAAAAAAACUCAUCAUCAACUAUACGCGAUAUGGUUGUUCGCUGUGUGACACAUUUCGUUGAUUCUCAAGCCGCGAAUAUCCGCUCUGGUUGGAAGAACAUCUUCAGUGUUUUCCAAAUGGCUGCUGCCGAUACCGAUGCUCAAAUUGUUGAACUAGCAUUUCAAACCUGUACACAUAUUGUUGGUAAAGUUUUCGAUCGACAAUUUCCAUCGAUACUCGAUAGUUUCCAAGAUGCUGUAAAAUGUCUAUCAGAAUUCGCAUGCAAUGCAGCAUUUCCUGAUACAUCCAUGGAAGCUAUUCGAUUAAUACGACAAUGCGCGAGAUAUGUUGCCGAAAGGCCACAAAUUUUUCGGGAUCACGCAGGAGAAGAUUUAAUCAAUGUACCGGAAGAAGAUCGCGUUUGGGUCAAAGGAUGGUUUCCUGUGCUUUUUGAAUUAUCGUGUGUUAUUAAUCGAUGUAAACUCGACGUUAGAACAAGAGCAUUGACGGUUAUGUUCGAAAUAAUGAAGAGCUAUGGUGGAACAUUCAGUCAAAACUGGUGGAGAGAAUUAUUCAAUGUUGUCUUUCGAAUAUUUGACAAUAUGAAAUUACCUGAUUCACAAACUGAAAAAAAUGAAUGGAUGACAACGACAUGCAACCAUGCUCUAUAUGCUAUCGUUGAUGUCUUCACGCAAUUCUAUGAUGAUAUAUCUGAGGCUCUUGUUAGUGAUCUUUACUGUCAGUUGAAACGGUGUGUUAAUCAAGAUAAUGAGAUCUUAGCGAAAUCAGGAAUGAACUGCUUGGAAAAUUUUGUUAUUGCUUGCGGACAACGUUUUACUCCGCAUGUUUGGAAACAGACAUGCGCUUGUAUCUUAGAAAUUCUUCAUUCAACUUUACCUGAAAAUCUUUUCACAUGGCGACCUGAUGGAGGAUCGUUUAGUAUGGCAACAAGCAAUGAAGCGAAUUCACUCGAGCAUACAGACAGUUCAUUAGAUCAUGCUGCCGCAGAAUCGGCUGCAAGCCAACAUCAGCGCAUGGCACGAGCUGGCAGUCUCGCGAGUGUAAAUAGUGGAACAUCGAAUCAGCAAGAAUCCAAUGCUGCGAAUCGGCAAUCGCCUGCAAAUAGUUUCGAUCAUUCAAAAACGCGGAUCAACUAUCGUGUUUUUCACACCAUCACCAUUAAAUGUGUUGUACAAUUGGAACUAAUUCAAGCUAUUGACAACAUCAUUUUCUAUCCAUCGACAAGUAAAAAGGAAGAUUCACAACAUAUUGCUAUUGCACACGCACUAGCAAAUUCAACGUCAGGACAACAAAAUUUGACAUACUUAUUCCCGCCAGAUGAGUUACCUAAUGACCAAGGAAUGUACAAUCAUAUCAGUCUAGAUCAAUUGCUACUUCUUGUUGAUUGUCUCGUCGAAUCACAUACAUUUGCGCGUACAUUCAAUUCCAAUCAUGAACAAAGAAAUCUUCUGUGGAAAGCGGGAUAUCGCGGAGAAGCUAAACCAAAUCUCUUGUCGCAAGAAACGCGGAGUAUUGCAUGUGCAUUUCGAAUUCUUUUUCGAUUAUAUUCAGAUACAAAACGAAAUGACUCAUCAGAUACAAUCAAACGACGGAUUCUGAAAUUGGCACGUGAUGGUUUGGAAUAUUAUGUUGCAUUAACAUCUGAGAGUCACCGUGGUGCAUGGUCAAGUGUACUUAUUCUUAUCUAUACUAAAUUGCUUAGAUUACAAGAAGAACAAUUCAAAGACUUUGCCUCAGAAAUCUAUCCAUUCGCAGCUGAAACGGUCGUAUUCGACUUAAAACCUGAACUACGUUUUAUUUUACGAGAAUUUCUUCUUCGCGUCGGUCGUGUAUUUAAUGUGAACAAUACACAAACUAAUUCCAAUCCAUAA